AUGGCUUCUGCCAAGUCAACUCUGGUAAUCAUAUUUCUCAUCGUCUUGCUCCUCCACUUCCCGGAGAUCCGAAGCCACGGCGGCGGCGGCCACGAUGACGACGAGGUUCCCGGCGGUACUUCAACUGCAAACGGCACCACCACCGCCGACGGCGGCGGUAGCAAGAAUCUGCACUCGAAGGGGCUGGUCCUGGUGAAGAUCUGGUGCCUGAUAAUCAUGUUCGCCGCCACGUUCGCCGGCGGGGUGUCGCCGUACUUUUACAGAUGGAACGAGAGCUUUCUCCUGCUGGGGACUCAGUUCGCCGGAGGGGUAUUCUUGGGGACGGCGCUCAUGCAUUUCCUCAGCGAUUCGAACUCCACGUUCGCCGAUCUUACGCCGAAGCCGUACCCUUUCGCGUUCAUGCUGGCGGCGGCCGGCUAUCUUCUGACCAUGCUGGGCGACUGCGUCGUUGCGUACGUUGUCCGAGAAAACGGCGGCGGCGGCAAUGAUGACGUGGAAGGUGGAAAAGACCAUAAUAACCCUGUCUUGACGACGACUUCGUCCGUCGGCGACACCGUACUUCUCAUACUCGCUCUUUGCUUCCACUCCGUUUUCGAGGGUAUCGCUGUCGGCAUUGCAGAUACAAAAGGCGAUGCAUGGAGAAACCUAUGGACGAUAUCGCUACACAAGAUAUUCGCAGCAAUAGCAAUGGGAAUUGCACUCCUAAGAAUGAUACCAAAGCGACCAUUUUUAACGACACUAAUUUACUCCUUCGCCUUUGCUAUCUCGAGCCCCGUCGGCAUUGGAAUAGGCAUCGCUCUCGAUGCCACCUCACAAGGCCGAAGCGCCGAUUGGACUUACGCUAUCACAAUGGGAAUCGCUUGCGGUGUAUUUAUCUACGUGGCAAUUAAUCAUUUAAUUUCCAAAGGAUUUAAACCGGUGGCUAAGUGUUACUUUGAUACUCCAUUCUUUAAGUUUUUGGCUGUGGUUUUGGGUGUUGGAGUUAUUGCAGUUGUUAUGAUUUGGGAUUAGUCCUUUUUUCUUAAUUUCCACUCAUAUAUAUAUAUAUAUACUCCAAUUCAUAUAUUCAAAUGUAUUGUUUUACAUGUGUGAUGAUGAAUUAAUGU